CUAGACCGCCAUUAAGAUUUCUCCCAUACAAGACUUCUCCACAGAACCAGCCAAACAAACAUUUUAGGCUCCUUUCUGCAGUACAAUACCCACCUAUUUACAAACUCCCCAUGCUUAUUGGCACACACAGUAAUAGUACCCUCUUUGCAUCCCCAUAAAGUUGUUAGGCCCCCUCUGUGCCCCCAAAUAUAGCUGUAGGCCCCCAAACUGCCACCAUACUGUCCCACUUUGGUGCUUCACUGCUCCUGUGGUCUGGUGACCUAUUACUAUUGCUCAUAGCAGUAGGUCCCCGAUCUGCAGGGGCAGUGGAGCAACAAAGCUGAUGGUAGUUACUGCCCACAGCAGCCCAGUGCCUGCCCUUCCCCUUUGCUGGCCUCCUGCUCCGCUCCUCUGUGCAGUGACAUCAGUCUACCAUUUCUUUCAAAGUGGUCCAGACCAGUAACCAGUGGCUGCCAUUAGUGAUUUUCUUUCAAGUACCCCCUGGAGAACUGCUAAGAUACAGAACAAAGGCAUGCCCGCAUAGGGUGGACAAAAGCACCAUGAGACCCUACCUUUAAAGGGGCUGGUCCGUGAAGCAGUAAAGCUCCACACAGGUCUAUCAGACAUGGCCACCCCAGAUGUGAGCGUGCAUGUUGAAGAAGUGGUGGUGGUGACCACACCAGAUCACAUUAUGGACGGGAGUGGUGUGGAAGAGGUGAAAGCUGUCCUUGUUACCACCAACAGUCCAGUCUGGAAUGGGCAGGAGCUGAGACUGCCCUGGGUUGGCAGUAGUGAUGUCUCUGCGCCUGGAGUCUUCAGGACCCUGUCAGAAGAAGCCCUGGAGUCUGAGAAUAUGGCAGCUGCAGCAGCAUUUACUGCAUCUACAGAACUGAAAGAAGCUGUAUUAGUGAAGAUGGGGGAUGAGGAAGAGGAAGCUCUGGAGGCCGAGAUCGCUUACCCUAUUACCUGUGGAGAGAGCAAGGCCAAUCUCCUGUGGAGGAAGUUUGUGUGUCCGGGGAUCAACGUCAAAUGUGUACAGUAUAAUGACCACUUAAUAACCCCAAAGGAGUUUGUUCACCUGGCUGGGAAAUCAACGCUGAAGGACUGGAAGAGGGCAAUACGAAUGAAUGGAGUUAUGCUCAGGAAGAUAAUGGACUCUGGAGAUCUGGAUUUUUUUCAGCACUCAAAGGUCUGCUCGAAUACCUGCCGAAGUACCAAGAUCGAUGUGACGGGAAGCCGCCUUUCGCUCUGCAGCCAGGUGUCUACUGAGUACAUUCCCAUCACAACUUCCAGCGAGAAUUUUACAGUAAAUGGAAACCCAACAACUAUCACCAUUGAAACAUGUGAAAGUUCAGGAGAGUGGGGGAGCACUGUUGCAGAUGAUACCCUAGGGUUCUGGCAAGGUUUGCGGGAUGCAGGGCUGCUGGGGGAAGUCAUUCAGAAGUUUCACCAGGAACUGCUGGAGACCAUGAAAGGGUUGAAGCAGCGACUGCAGAUAACACCAAUCCAGAUACCAGAUGCCGUGUUGCUCAACAACAUUGUUCAGAAUUUUGGGAUGUUGGACCUUAUUAAAAAAGUGUUAGCCAGUCACAAAAGCCAAAUGGACCGGUCCAGGGAGCAAUACACAAGGGACUUAGCAGCUCUGGAACAGCAGUGUGAUGAGCAUCGACGGAGAGCCAAGGAGCUAAAGCACAAGUCUCAGCACCUAAAUAACGUCCUGAUGACCCUUACACCUGUCAGUGUGCCCACUCCAGUCAAAAGACCACGAUUAACCAGGGCGACUUCAGGACCUGCCACCAUCAGCUCCCAAGUCUCUUCACAGCAAGCACAGAUUACUCUACCACAAGGAAUGUCCAUCUCUCAGCUGACUGGCCUCCCCUUCAGUAAAGUACUUUCCACCUCCAAUUCCUCCUCCACUGUUUUAAACAAGAACUCUAACUCCCAGUCCAACUCACCCUCCUCCCCUGUUUUGGGGGGUUAUACUAUACUUACACCUUCUGGGAGCAAUUUUCCUGGCACGCUGGAGAUUCACCCUGACUCCUCCAAUCUCACCGUCCUGAGUACUGCAGCCAUGCAAGACAGUAACACUGUUCUCAAAGUUGUGAGUCCCAUCCAAUUGCUGACUCUGCAGGGCUUGGGUGCGACAAUACAGAACCUGGCCCAGAUAGCACCGGCAGGAAGCACUAUAUUAGCCUUGCCCUGUGAGUCAGGGGAAGGAGAGGAGGAGCAUACCACCAUAGAAGUGACAUCACUAUCUGAGGACCAGAAAUAGACUUGAGAACCCAGAGUUGCCAUGUUUUUGAGUACGGAUAAGAAAGCUGGAUGAACCAAAGAGGAUUUAAGGGGUGGCUCUGCAGCACAUUGCACAGAACUAUACUGCAGAUCAUUCUGACACUGGAGAAGUGACAUUGUUUUGGUGUUGAGGUCUUCCUGUGGGCAGUCUGAAAGUACUCUUGUUCGUCCUGUUCCCCGUACUCGCGCCUCAAUGUUAUUAAAAUCAGACACUAUAGAAAGGUA